AUGUCCAACAAUAAUCAGCUCCGGCAACUCUUCGGACACAGUAACCUUUCGAGCUGUUUUCUAGAAAGUGGACUUGGUGGUCAACGACUCCCGUAUCCUCGUGCCAGCGCAUUUUGUGAUACUGUAUGGUUUGGCUCAUUGGCCAGAUACUGCAAGUGCCCCACGAAGCUGUCGCAGUACGGCUUCACACGGUGUUUCUUCAAGAACCCAAACUUAGGAUGGAAGGGUGGCUGCUAUCGUAUCCGGGAUGUGCCGCUGGAUGACCGACUUGUCAUGAUGGAUACGAAUUUGUUCGAGGACUGCAAGUCCAAAGAAUGCAACAAAAAAACUUUUAUAUUUUGA